GAGUCCGCCAUGACGCCGCUGCAUGGGGCAAACGGACAUUACCCUGCCGACUGCCCUACCUACUGCUGCCCCUUCCUUCCCACGCCCUUCACCCCCAUCGCAGACCGUUGCAGGCCCCGGCAUGAUGACUGACAACGACCCCAAAAGCUACGCCUUUGACCUCGCCUCGGCGAUCCCCUACUUUGCGCUGCCACCCCCGAAACGCACCCUCUACUGGGACGACGGCGUCCACCUGACGCCCAGCGGCUACGAGUGGAUGGGCGGCCACGUCGCCGACGCGCUCAUCAAGAUCAUGAUCGAGGAGGCGACGGCAGGCACAGGGGCCGGCGGCAGCCAAGGCACGCGGCGUGCCAGGAGGAUGCUGCGGUACGCCAAGGACGAGCUGCUGUUCGAGGAGGAGACGGGGGAUCCGAGCCUGAUUCACGAGGGCUAUGUCAUUGUGCGGCUGAAAGACUUGGAUUGA